UUUUCCUCGCUUCAUCACCCGAAGCACGCCCGUUUCUUCUCCCUCUUGCUCUCGUCAGAUCGUGAAACCCUUGACCCAAAUCGGCCCACCAAAUCGCCUCUGAUGUAUUUCUCGGUCUCUCCUUCCACAUCGAUACAAUUAGGGUUGGUUCUCUUUCGGUUUCUGUUUGCGGGAUUCUAACCGGGGUGCGCGUUCCUAGGGUUUGAUCCGGUGAAGCUUGUAAGGUUCUUCUUCUAUUGGUGGAAUUGUAGACGCGUGGAGUGGAGGGGGAUUGACGGUUCGUGGCCGAGGAGGGACCGGAGGCACCAUAACAGGGGACGAUGAAGGGCUAUGCAUGGGCGGGAAGGUGAGGAGAGGAAACGACGGUGGCAUAUGUGGCCGGUCCCUGCGCCCGGGACAGCAACAUCAGCAGCAGCAGCAGCUCCUUCUCUUCUAGCUCGUCCUGCGUCGGCCUUGGAGAACCCAUCCUUAGAGUUGGAGAAUCCACGGUUGCCGUGUGAUUCGUUCCUUAAGGAUGGGCGAAAAAUUCAAGUUGGUGAUUGCGCUCUUUUCCAGGCUGGCAGUGCUCCACCUUUCAUUGGAAUAAUUCAUUGGAUUACAUCAGGCAAAGAGGGUCACCUUUGGUUUUGUGUUAAUUGGCUUUACCGACCUGCUGAUGUUAAGCUUGCAAAAGGUGUGUUACUUGAAUCAGCUCCCAAUGAAGUAUUUUACUCUUUCCACAAGGAUGUGAUUUCUGCAGCUUCAUUGCUUCAUCCAUGUAAAGUCUCAUUUUUAAGGAAGGGUGUUGAGCUUCCAGUAGGAAUAUCUUCAUUUGUAUGCAGACGAGUAUACGACAUUACUAACAAAUGUUUAUGGUGGUUAACUGAUAAAGAUUAUGUCAAUGACCGACAGGAGGAAGUACAUCAGCUUUUGAACAAAACUCGACUGGAGAUGAACACAGCACCUCAGUCAGGUGGGAAUUCACCUACACUCAAUGGUCCAACAAGCACACAACAACCAAAAUCUGGUUCAGAGAGUGUACAUGAUACUAACUCCUCUGUCCUGUCUCAGACUAAGGGGAAGAAGAGGGAUAAGAGUGAUCAGGUUUCUGAGUUUAUCAAGAGGGAGCAUUCUGCUAAACCAGAUGAUGGUGGUUCUGUUAGCUUUAAAUCUGAGAAUAUGGUAAAGACAGAAAUAGUCAAAAUAACAGAAAAAGGCCGGCUUGUAAGCUCUAAAGGGGUUGACAAGUUGUUGAAUCUAAUGCAGCUUCAUAGAUCAGAGAGAAAAAUAGAUGCUUCUGUCCGGAUUUUGGUUGCAGAUGUGAUUGCAGCCACUGAUCGAUAUGAUUGCCUUGGGAGGUUUGUGCAGCUUAACGGUGUGCCAAUCUUGGAUGACUGGCUCCAGGAGGUGUACAAAUGGAAGACCAGCGAUGGUAGUAGUCCCAAAGAGAGUGAUAAAGCUAUUGAGGAACUUAUUUUAGCUCUCCUUCGAGCACUUGACAAAUUGCCUGUGAACCUUAAUGCUUUGCAGAGUUGUAAUAUUGGUAAAUCAGUGAACCAUUUACGAAAUCAUAAAAACCCUGAGAUCCAGAAAAAAGCUAGGAGUCUUAUUGACACCUGGAAGAAACGAGUUGAUGCAGAAAUUACGAAGAUCAAUGAUGCAAAAUCUAUCACAUCAAGCCAGCCUGUUUGGCAAGUCAAGCCGGAAUCUUGUGAUGCUUCUCAUGCAGUAACAAAUGAAAUAGCUGCAAGAUGCCCUAUACCUCAGACUGCAUCAUGUAAAAAUCAGCCUAGUAAAUCUGAACAUUCUGAUGCUGCUAUGAAGUCAGCUUUGGUAACACAAGGGUCUUCGAAAAAAGAAUCAACUUUAGCUGCAUCCAUUGUGGAUGUCUCCAAGGACCCACUUUGCAAAGCAGCUACUAACACUGGUGGGGCAGAGAUGCCGGCAACCACAGCCAAAGAUGAGAAGAGCAGUAGCUCAAGUGAAUCUCAGAACAACAGUCAGUCUUGUUCUAGUAAUCAUGCAAAAACAAUUGGUUCUUUGUGGAAGGAAGACAAAAGGAAUUCAAGUGCUGGAUCAAUGAACGCAUCUAAGGCUGCUGGUAGUUCAACUUGUCAUCGAAGAUCAAGCAAUGGGUUUUCUGGAGCAAGUAUGUCUGCAGUUCAUAAGGAAACUCAUCUAGGUAAGUCUGGUACUCUCAAUAGGAUGCCAACAUUGGAAAAAUCAUCACAAUCAGAUUUGGCAUGUGAAAAGCCAAUUGAUAUGUCUGUUGCUGAUCGUGGAAAUAAUCACAGGCUUAUUGUAAAACUUCCUAACCAUGUUCAAAGCCCUGCUCAAAGUGUAAGUGGAGGUUCCUUUGAAGAUCCAUCUAUUUUGGCCAACGGAGCAUCAUCUCCUGGGGUCCAGGACAAGCAUGAGCACAGUGAGUUCAGAGUGAAACUAAGAGGUGAUGUGUUUCGGUCUAAUAUUGUGGAAAAUGAUAAUACAGAGGCAUGGCAAAGCAAUGAUAUCAAAGAACCACCAGCAGGGGCUGGAGAUGUCAGAUCACUAGCAGCUAUCCACGAUGAAGAACACAUGAGUGCUCAGGAUAUGCGAAGUGCUACAGAGGCUCCAGGAGCUGCUGGUUCAUCAUCUGGAACUGAAAAGGAAGUUUUCUUGACUGAACCAAGCACAAGAAGUUCUUUUAGUUCUAUUAAUGCCUUAAUUGAAAGUUGCAUCAAAUAUUCUGAAGCUAGUGUUCCUUUGGUUGUUGAAGAUGAUGUUGGGAUGAAUUUACUUGCAAGUGUGGCAACUGGAGAGAUCUCCAAUUCUGAGUUAAUUUCUCCCACCGGUUCACCUGGAAAUUCACCUGCAACAGAGACCAAGCCGAGGUUGUCAAAUGAUGAUGUUGUGGCCCAGAGUCAUGUUGAAUCUGAUGAAGCUGCUUUUGCAGACUCCAAAAAGCAGGUGAAGAGUGUUGGUUCCUUCUUGAUUAGUGAUGUCUCAAAUGAGGAUGGGACUGAGCUUUCAGGAAAAAAUUGUACUGAUGUCAUUUUGCAGUAUAAUAAAUUAACAAGCGAGCAUGCUGAACAAUCUCCCACUGUAGCUAUGAGCUCUCAUAGGGAGUGGAAACCUGAGGAAGAAAAAGAUGGACAUCCUUUUGUGUUGAAACCGUCUGAAGUGGAGAAGCAGGGUGAUGAUGGUACUCCAUUUGACGAAAAUCCGACGACAGAUGGACAGGUCUUGGACCACUAUACAGAAUUCAAGCUUAAAGAAAGAAGCUCAUCGGCAGAUGUAAACAAACCUCCUAUUGAAUGUGCCAUUCAAAAUAUUGGAGGUGGCAAUAUAUGCAAUUGUGAAAUUUCUUGCAAGGAUCCUGAGAUUUCUGCUUCAGGUAUUAAAUCAGAAAACCUGGUUGUUGAGGAAUCUCAAUCAUGUCCUUCAGCUGAAGAAGCACUUGAGGUUGCAACCUCAUCUGACCACCAACGAUCUGUGAUGAUAGAUUCUGUGGAGAGGAGUCGUGAUGCUGUUAUUACAUUGGGUGCUUCUGAUGUUCCAUUUUCUAAGAAUGCUGAUGAAUCAGUUAGACCAGCAACCACCUCCUCUUAUGCUGCUGGGCUUGUUGAAGACUUGAAAAUGAUGAAGACACAUGAACGUCAUCAAGAGAGAUCAGCCAGUGAAGACCAAUUGUCCAGUUGUCAAGCCAAGGAAACUGAGGAUCAAGCAAAACCUGCGGGUUCGAGGUUAUCUGGGGUUGAUUCAGAUGUGAGGGCAGAUCUUGCAUUAUCUGCAGAGGCUUCUUCAUUGGCUGUUAAAACUGAGCCAAAUAUUGCCAAUAAGCUUGACUUUGAUUUGAACGAGGGCAUCCUUGGAGAUGAUGGAAACCUAGAUGAGACUGCUGUCUCAGUUGCAACAGUGUGUUCGUCUGCAAUUUUUUUUCCCGGCCUGUCUUCUUUUGCAAAUGCGAUGUCUAACAGCUCACCUGCUCCAAUCACAGUAGCUGCACCAGCAAAAGGGCCUUUUGUUCCACCUCAAAACUUAUUAAAGAGCAAGGGUGAGACUGGGUGGAAAGGCUCAGCUGCCACUAGUGCUUUUCGGCCAGCAGAACCACGAAAAGCUCCAGAGAUGCCACCAUCUGUUUCUGCAGGGAAGCAGUGCCGCCCUCAACUCAAUAUUGAUCUGAAUGAACCUGAUGAGAGAGUUCUUGAGGACAUGGCUGUCCAGAACUGUGCUAAGUCUUCCAGCUCUGAGUUGGGGACGGUAAUAAAUCGUGAAGCAACCCCACAGAUUUCUGGGGGACUUAAUCUUGACUUAAAUAGAGUCGAUGAAGGCACCGAAAAUGGGCAGUUAUUAGCAAGCACCACCUAUGGAUUAGAGGUGCCAUUCUUGGCUGUAGGACCAGCAUCAGGAGAAGUCCCUAAUCGGGUGGCCAAUAUGUCGAGGGAAUUAGAUUUAAAUAGUGGACCAGGUCUUGAUGAUGCUUGUGCUGCUCCUACAACUGGGAACCAAAAUACAAAAUGCACUAGAAGCAUCCCUUUUGUACCUCCAGUUGCAGGCAUCAGAAUGAACACUGUUGACUUGGGAAGUUUAUCACCAUGGUUUCCCCCUGGUAGUUCAUAUCCUGCUCAGUCUAUACCAUCUUCCUUGACUGAUCGAGGAGAGCAGCCUUGCCCAAUUGUUGCAGCUCCAGGAGCCCAAAGAAUUUUGGGGCCAGUUACUGUUAGUGGCCCCUUUGGUGGCGAUGGGUAUAGGGGUCCCAUGUUUUCAUCCUCCACAGCCAUGGCAUUUUCUCCUGCUACAACAUUUCCAUAUGCUGGAUUUGCUUUUGGGUCCAAUUUUCCACUUGCAUCAACUUCUUUUUCAGGUGGGUCGACAACCUUUGUUGAUUCUUCAUCUGGAGCUGGUUCAAGUUUCCCUACCAUUCCUUCACCAUUUUUUGGACAAGCUGGAGCCAUUUUAUCUAGUUAUCCAAGGCCUUACGUGAUAAGCCUUCCAGAGGGUAAUUCCGAUAGCACUCGGAAAUGGAUUGCACCAGGUCUUGAUCUCAAUGCAGGACCUGGAAACACAGAUUUGGAAGGAAAAGAUGAGCGAUUGUCCUUGGCAUCUAGGCAACUCUUAGUUGCAACCUCGCAAGCAUUCACGGAGGAGCAGGUGAGAAUGUUUGGAGUGCCAGGUGGGGGUUUGAAGAGGAAGGAGCCUGAAGGAGGUUGGGAUGCAAACAGAUCUACUUACAAACAACUCUCUUGGCAGUGAUGAGAGAUCAGAAGUAGCAAAUGGUUAAUAGCAGCGUCUAAAUGUGGCAGAGUCAACAAGGUAACCACAGGAUCAGCUUGCACUAAGUUGUAUGUGUGAACCCGCUCGCAUGCAUCCUGAUGCUUCUGGGGGGAAACAUGGACCUCAGGAAAUUCUGAAACUUGCUGUGUUUCAUGUAAAUGUUGAGACAUGAUGCCUCCUUGAUACAUCAAAUUCUGCUGAUUCAGCAGUUGCUUUGCCCAGCAUUUCUUUAGCUUGUUCAAUCAUGUUUUCCAAGGGCAUCUAAGGGGCUUGUGGUGGACGGUGACAAUAGCUUGUUGCUCACUCAGAUAAUUGCAAUGCCAAUUCAUCAUCUCUUUCCCCAAUGCCACUGCAAUCAGGUGCUUAUUCCUUUCUCUAAGGUUUUCUGCCCCCAAAGAGUUGACAGAUAUUGAUAACAUGUUUGCCCAGGCAUUUGCAUGGCUUGUAUUUAUUUCCAUGAGCAGAGCAAUCAGAUAUUUGCAAUGUCAAGUUUUGUCAAGUAACCUCUUAGUUUAUCAGCUUGUAACCAAUGGCUGCAGUGGCUCGAGUUAGUGAAGCACAGCAUGUUUGUUGUUUUUAUACUAAAUGAGUUCCAUUUCUCAUUUCCAGCCUUCUAACGCAUAGGUUUGUGAAUGGGAAUCUAAUCUAAGCAUUUGAACAAGGCCUAAAUUGUUCUUGUGACACGUAUUUGGUUCAUGCUACCAGAUAAACGUCUCUCAAGAGAUUACGGUGUAUUCCAAGUUUUGGAUUAUCAAUGUGAGCUGCCUUAAUGCUGUUUA